AUGCAAUUGAGAUUAAUAUAUAUUCUCCCCAUUUUCGUUUUCCUUUUAAAUCUAGUAAAGGCAGAUUUAACAAUUAUAACGCCCGAACCGGGUGAAAAAUAUGACUUGUCGGAAACUGGCGAAGUAAGUAUUGAUUUAUCGUGGGUUUAUUUAGAUUCCACUCCAAGUAAAGCUGAUAUAACAUCGUUCACAUUUUCCUUAUGUACAGGACCAAAUUAUAAGAUUAAUUGUCUCGCGACAUUGGCAAAGGUGUCAGCCGCAGAGGUUGAUUCAGAUAUUUAUAAAGCUAAUAUUUUAGGCACACUAGGUACCGAUGGUGUCUACUAUAUACAAAUCUUUGCACAAACUGAAUCAGGUUACACGAUUCAUUAUUCACCAAAAUUCUAUUUGGAAGGUAUGACAGGUGUUCUUGUCGCAUAUACAAUAAUGGAGUCAGCAGAUCCAACUCCAGAAACAAGAAUUACUACAGGUGCGGUUGGUGCAACGAUUGAUUCAAGAAGUUUUACCGUUCCUUAUACUAAACAAACAGGUAAGGCUAGAUAUGCCCCCAUGCAAAUGCAACCAGGUACUAAAUUGACAGCUAAAUCAUGGACAAGAAAAUAUGCAACUAGUGCUGUGACAUUUUAUACUUCAAUGAGAAAAUCAUUACAACAAGUGACUACUAUCACACCAGGCUGGUCUUACGCAAUUAGUAGUGAUGUUAAUUAUGCUACGCAUGCACCUUUCCCAUCUGAUAAUGGUGGUUGGUAUGAUCCAUCAAAGAGACUUUCUUUAACUACAAGAAAGAUCAAUCUACGUAAACGUGCUGUAUGA